UGUCGCACUCGACCUCCUGAGCCACCGCUCCUUUGGGCAAUUCCCCUCCCCCUUGAAGGUCUUCACUUUUCACCUCAAACCGCCUCCUGUCCCAUUUUUAAAGACCCCCUCAUCCGGGACGGAGUGACCACCGGAGGGACUUUGUAUAAAGAUGGAUCCCAAUAAUAACCGUCUCCACCUGAACUUCGGGUACAACGAGCGUGGUUUCAAUGCGGCGGCCAACAACCGCGCAUAUCCCACAACUCCUUCCGCGUUCCCUCAGCCGAUCUACCAAAACCAAGGCCCUCAGGAUUACAUGGAUGCUCAAAACGGAGCCUACAACCAGGGAUAUUUCAUGGCAAACCCAUAUCCUCCUCAGGCCGCCUACGCUCAGCAGCAUUAUGGGCAGUCAAACUUGCAGUCCCCGCAGCCCGCAUAUCAAUCACGCAUGGGGUACAGCGCCAACGAUGGAACCAACGGCCUCAUCCAGCAGUUCUCCAACCAGGACCUGAACUCGAACCGGACUGGCUUCUUCGGUCGUUCAGGCUCUCCGGCUCAGAGACCUCGUACCGCUGGCUCGUCCGCCCCGGGACAGCAACAGCCUGGCCAUCUAGCCCCGCCAAUGCCGCGCAGCCCCCGGACUCCCGCCGAGAAUGAAGAACUCCAACGCUACCCAGAGCGAUACUCAGAGAAUGUCCACAAACGUGGUAAGGCCGCUAAGGAGCUGGUGAAUGUUUUCUUCCACGAGAACAUUGAGCGUGCGCGCGAUCGUAACAUGCGUUCUACGAACCUGGACAAGAUGAUCCAAGACCCGAGUAUCUCCAAGGAUGCCAAGCGUCAGGAGGGAGAAACUAUUGCGAAGAAGGAGUCGAACUUCCUCCGAUUCCUUCGGACCAAGGAGACGCCGUCGAACUUCCAGACUAUUAAGGUUAUUGGAAAGGGUGCAUUUGGUGAGGUUAAGCUUGUGCAAAGGAAGACCGACGGCAAAAUCUAUGCGCUUAAGUCUUUAAUCAAGACUGAAAUGUUCAAGAAAGACCAGCUGGCCCACGUUCGCGCCGAGCGUGAUAUCUUGGCUGAUUCCAAGGAUAACCCUUGGCUUGUGAAGUUACACGCUUCGUUCCAGGACACCGCAUACCUCUACCUUUUGAUGGAGUUCUUACCUGGUGGUGACCUGAUGACCAUGCUGAUCAAGUACGAAAUCUUCUCCGAGGACAUCACUAGAUUCUACAUGGCAGAGAUUGUGAUGGCUAUCGAAGCAGUCCACAAACUAGGCUUCCUUCAUCGUGAUAUCAAACCUGACAAUAUUCUUCUCGACCGUGGUGGUCAUGUUAAGCUUACCGAUUUCGGUCUCUCGACUGGCGGCAAGAAGACUCAUGACAAUUCAUACUAUCAAAACUUGUUGAAGAAUUCUACCUCCAAGGAUAAGAACCGUAACUCGGGAUACUUUAGUGAUGCGAUUAAUCUCACGGUAUCAAACCGUGGCCAAAUUAACACAUGGAGAAAGUCCCGUCGAGCCAUGGCUUAUUCAACGGUCGGCACGCCUGACUACAUUGCGCCUGAAAUUUUCAACGGUCAAGGAUACACCUAUCUUUGUGAUUGGUGGUCAGUUGGUGCUAUCAUGUUUGAAUGUCUUGUGGGAUGGCCACCUUUCUGUGCUGAGGAUACUACCGAUACCUACAGGAAGAUCGUGAACUGGAGGGAAUGUCUCUAUUUCCCUGAAGAGCUUACUCUUUCUCGCGAAUCCGAGGGCUUAAUCCGAAGCUUCCUUUGUGAUGCAGAGCACCGUGUUGGCAAUGACGGCGGCCAGUUCGGUGGUGCCACGCAGAUCAAGAACCAUCCGUUCUUCCGUGGUGUUGUUUGGGAGCAGCUUCGCAAUAUUCGCGCUCCCUUCGAACCUCGGCUGAGCUCGAAUAUCGACGUGUCCUACUUCCCCAUUGACGAAAUUCCUCAGGAAGAUACCAGUGCUAUCCAUCGUGCUCAGGCCCGUGCCAUGCCCGAGGAACAGGAGGCUGAAAUGAGCCUUCCGUUCAUCGGAUAUACAUACAAGGCAUUCAAUGCCUUCCAGAAUAACUGAGAAUCGAACUGAUACUCGGAAUGAUCGCUGUAUGCAGGAUGAGCGCCUCGGAAAGCCGGUCCGCGGGCAGGCUUGCGCGGAAGUCUUUCCGGCAGCUUAUCUAGGAUACAUUCUCGACAUAUCUUUGUUCGUUUGAUUUCAUCUAGCGUCUAGCGCAUUUGGCAUUUCAUGUCAUUGAUAACGACCUGUGCAUCUUCCUUACUAUGUUUGCAUGUCGCAAGACGACGCCCGCUAGUUGCACACUGUGUCUAGCCUUAAGAACUACAAACAAGUUCAUGAUUUGGUUGAAAGUUCAGAGCCUGUGACACCUACAAGUGCAGAUCACGAAUGACUGGCUACUUUUGUUACCUCUAGCUUGAUGCAUCAAUGCAUUUAUCAGG